GUUUGUUUUGAUCUGUUGAAAUUUCCGUUGAUGUUUUCCCGUUUUUAAAAAGUGUAUGAAUGAUAUUAAGAAUGGGUACCUGAUACGUGUGGCGGUGCCCAACGGUUUUUUUAAAAGACUGUAUUUUAGGACUGGCUAGUCGGUUUCACAGAUUUUCACUACCAUGUCUGGCAAAAUAAAAGUCACUGGAGAAUGGAAGAAAAGAGUAAGAGCGGAGUAUAUGCGUCUCCGUCAAGCUAAGAGGCAUAAGAGAGCAGAUGAAGUCAAAGUUGCCUGGAAUGUGAACCGUAAGGAAUUAACAGACUGUCUGGUUGAAGAGAAUACAAAAUGGCUUCAAAACAAAGCUGUGUGGACAUGGCAGCAAGAACCACCACAGCAUGCUGUGUGCAUGAAGAAGUCAGAUGUUGUGGCAUUAGAUGGAGAAAGGCAAUCGUGUCCCAUCAAAAUUAUUAACUCCGUCACUCCCAUCCCCACUAUGUAUACUUGGGCUCCAAUCCAACAGAAUUUCAUGGUGGAGGAUGAAACUGUUCUUCACAAUAUACCAUACAUGGGUGAUGAGGUUUUGGACCAAGAUGGCACUUUUAUCGAAGAACUUAUCAAAAACUAUGAUGGUAAAGUUCAUGGUGAUCGUGAAACCGGUUUUCUUGAUGACAGCACCCUGGUUGAACUUGUACAUGCACUUGUCACGUAUCAAGUAAAGGAUGAGGAAGAUGAUGCCAAAGGUAAAAGUGAAAGCAACAAGAGUAAAGACAAAGCAGUAAAUAAAGACAAAGAUGAUAAAGAUAGUCAAAUACCUGGAAAGACUGACAUAAAACCUCAAGAAAGUAAAGCAGGAAGUUUGUCUCCUAUUGAGGAUUUGGAGCUCUCUGGUAAAACUUUGCCUUUCCCCAUAGAUACAAUUUUCCAAGCAAUUUCUGUGUCGUUUCCUGAGAAAGGUUCUCCAGAGCAACUACGUGACAAGUAUAUUGAACUGACCUCUCGUGGUAAUCCUAAUGUUCGGCCUCCUGAGUGCACACCCAACAUUGACGGUGUCGCUGCAGAGAAUGUUCCUCGUGAGCAGACUCUUCAUUCUUUCCAUACACUAUUCUGUAGAAGAUGUUUUAAAUAUGACUGCUUUCUACACAGACUACAAGCAUCUCAUGCAGGGCCAAACAUGAAAAGAAGAAAAGGGCCAAUUCUUAAGACUUUCCCUGAGUCAUGUGGAGCACAUUGUUACAUGCUACUGGAAGGUAUGGGGGAGAAAUUGGCUUUAGCUAGAGUUGCUGAAAGCAGACAAGAAAAAGAGGAGGAAGAUGAAAGACAGAGACAAAAAGAGAAGGAAGAUGAAAGAUGCCGUGAGAAAGAUAGUGUUGAUCGCAACUCCUCAGAUACUCCUCCGAAUCAGCAGGGUCCAAGACCUAGAAAGAUUCGUAAACAGAAUUCGUUAGAUUCUGCAAAUGAAGUAAGCUCUGAGGAUAGUAAUGAUAGUAGCAAGUAUAAAGGGCGAGAUGGAAAUGGCCUUAUAAAUGGUACUGGUGACAAUGCUCAACCAGGCAGUAGUAAUUCUCAUCAUCAUACCAAUAACCAUCACCACCACCAUGGCCACAAUGCAAGAAAAUCUAUUAACCAUGAUCCGGCUAGUUUUGAAACUGUGUAUCAAAAAUCUGCAACACCAAUAUUUUCAAUGUUGGAUCAAAUCGGAGUAGAGGAAUGUGCUGAAUGGACGGGUUCUGAUCAAUCCAUGUUCCGUGCCCUUCAGAAAGUUUUCCACAAUAACUUCUGUGCCAUUGCCCAAAUUAUGUUGACUAAAACCUGCCAACAGGUCUAUGACUUUGGUCAGAAAGAAGCUUCUGAUAUUCCUGCAGAGGAAGCAGUGAGAGACUCAACUCCACCUCGCAAGAAGAAAAAGAAGCAUCGUUUAUGGUCUAUGCAUUGUCGAAAGAUUCAAAUGAAGAAGGAUUCAAGUUCCAAUUAUGUAACAAAUUUCACACCAUGUGAUCAUCCUGAUCAACCUUGUGACAAUAAUUGCCCUUGUUUUGGAACUGGGAACUUUUGUGAAAAGUUUUGCCUUUGCAGUUCUGAAUGUCAAAACAGAUUUCCAGGCUGUCGGUGUAAGGCACAAUGCAACACCAAGCAAUGUCCUUGUUAUCUUGCAGUUCGAGAAUGUGAUCCUGAUCUAUGCCAAACAUGUGGUGCCGACCAGUUUGAUGUGUCACGCAUCACAUGCAAGAAUGUUAGUGUGCAGCGUGGUCUUCAUAAGCAUCUUCUUAUGGCUCCAUCAGAUGUAGCUGGCUGGGGCAUCUUUUUGAAGGAGUCUGCGCAGAAGAAUGAAUUCAUUUCAGAAUAUUGUGGAGAAGUUAUUUCACAAGAUGAAGCAGACCGAAGAGGCAAAGUGUAUGACAAGUACAUGUGCAGUUUUCUCUUCAAUCUUAACAAUGACUUUGUUGUGGAUGCCACCCGCAAGGGGAAUAAGAUCCGCUUUGCCAACCAUUCAAUCAAUCCUAAUUGCUAUGCCAAAGUCAUGAUGGUUAAUGGUGAUCAUCGGAUAGGUAUAUUUGCCAAACGGCCUAUUUUGCCUGGUGAGGAGCUGUUCUUUGAUUACAGAUACGGACCUACUGAGCAGCUGAAAUUUGUUGGCAUUGAAAGAGAAAUGGAGUUCCUAUAAAUAUUUUUUAGAAUUUUCUUAAUAUUCUUUAUGAUCACUGCCAGAGUCUUUUCAUAUCGUCAUUACCAUUUGUCUGUCUGUAUCUUUUUGUUGCAUGUAAUAAGGACUCACUUUGUAAAUCAUAUUUUUCUUAAGGUGUAACUUUGAAAGUUGUGCCAUGUUACUUUGUUAACAUUUUGAACACUAUAUUUGGACAGAGAAUGAAUUACGAAAUCAUCCAUCAAUCACUUUUUAAGCCUCAUUGUUUACCAAUUUUGUGUGUGUCUGACAAGUUCCUUCCACACUUUGUUUUAUUUGCAAUGCAAGACUGUUUGUGUACUUCUGUCCGUUCCAAUGUGAUAAUUUUAAGUUCAGCUUAAAUGUAUUCAAAAAGUCUGUAAUGAAUUUUUAACUGUUUAGAAUAUUUUCAUAGCUUUGUUGUAAUUUUGUAGGUCUGUUUCAACACAUCUGGGAACAUCUUCAUCUCACUUGAAAUGUACUAUGGCCAUAUAUGCCUUAUAUGUUAUAAUUUUCACCCAUGGUCUAAAGGUAUGAAAUACCAUUGUAGAUGACUUUUGCCAAUGCUAAAGGUCCAAUUAAAAG